AUGGCUCAACAACAGUAUCUCACAGACGAAGAGAUAAAACGAUUCACCGAAGACCUCGAUUUAAACAACAGCGGCUAUGUCGAUUACUGGGAAGUGGAACGCAAGCUAGAUGAGGUUUACAAGGAGAUAGCUCCGAAAGCGCAACCACAUCAUCUCCACCACCAGUCUCGCAGCGAUGAAGCUCGACAUGAAUUUCUUCGAAGCGUUAUGGGAACACGCGAGGAUCGCAUCCCACACGACCAAUUCGCAGCAUGUGUGAAGACAUGGGAUAUUCCAUCACUGGAGCAAGAUCGAAAGGAGGCAAAAGAGGAAGAAGACUACCUAAAGAAGAUGUCCAGGUACAGAAGAUUGCGGGCUUACUGGGCAGUCAAGGGGCCGGAAAUCGCCUUCCUGGCUUUGGUAGCGGCGUUCAUGAUUGCGUUUGGAGUCUGGCAACUCGUCAAAUACAUUACUUUCGCCCAGUUCACGCCAGCAUUCGGUUGGGGGGUCGUCUUGUCAAAAACCAGUGCAGGUGUUUUAUAUCCGACGUUCUUCUUCCUCAUCCUCUCGAUGUCUCGCUGGCUGGCGACGUUCCUCCGACGCUUCUACUUCAUCUCGCGGUUCGUCAACUGGGACGUCUCCCAGUCCUUCCAUAUCAAGAUGUCCAUUGCCGCAUUGUUCUUUGCCACACUGCACGCAAUCGGUCAUUUAACUGGAUCCUUUGUUUUCGGUAGCAUGGCAGGUCGACAGCAUGCCGUCGCCGUGGUUCUUGGAAAACAUGCAGUGCCGCGCAGAUACGUUGACUACAUACGCACAGUACCUGGCUGGACUGGACUCACAGCUUUGGGUUGCUUUUACUUGUUGUCCAUGAUGAGUAUGCCACGGAUCAGAAAGUGGAGCUACGAGGUCUUCCAGCUCGGUCAUCUCCUCAUGUUCCCCAUCAUUGGUCUGAUGAUUGCUCACGGCACUGCUGGUCUCCUCCAAUGGCCCAUGUUUGGCUACUGGCUUGCUGUCCCCACUCUGUUCGUCAUUUUCGAGCGCACUUGGCGUGUGAUCUUGGGAUUCCGUCCCAUCGUGGCAGAUCUCAAGCUCCUUGAUGACGAGACAGUCGUGAUCAGUGUUGACGUUCCUCACACUCGCCCUUGGGAUUACAAGGCUGGCCAGUACGUUUUCGUGCAAGUACCACAGAUCUCCAGAUGGCAAUGGCAUCCAUUUACAGUUUCCACCUGCAUCAACAACACCAUGCAAGUCCACAUCAAGGCCGACGGAGACUGGACAAAUGAGUUGCGAGACAUUGCGAAGGCCGGAAACACAAAGGCAAUCAAGGUCGGACUGGAUGGCCCAUUUGGCGCGCCUGCGCAACGCUUCUACGAUUUCGAGUACAGCAUGGUUUUUGGAGCUGGCAUCGGCGUCACACCUUUCUCCGGAAUCCUAACCGACCUACAAUACCACGAACUCGAACGUGUUCAGACUGGCAAUUUCUCCGACAGAACUGUGGUCGAACCCGAAGCCACGUCCAAAGGCUCAUCACCAUAUGCCGGCCAUCGAAGAGUCGAUUUCCACUGGAUGGUGCGCGACAAAAACAACCUCCUCUGGUUCUCCGACCUCCUGAACGAAGUCUCCCGCGCCCAGGACCUCGACAGCACACACCUCGACAUCCGCAUCCAGACCUACGUGACGCAGAAACGCAAGCAAAUCUCCGAGCACGUGCUGCGAUGGGUAUUAGAAAAGCACCGUACAGAUGAGCACCCGAAGUCCCCCAUGACAGGACUCGUAAACCCUACUCAUUUCGGUCGUCCGGAUAUACCCGACAUUAUGGAGCGGCACUACGCUGAUAUGUGCAAGGUUCAGGCUAAGAGGCUGGGCGAAAAAGAUGCGCGUGGGAAGGUCAAGGAUGAGGAGAUUAGGGUUGGUAUAUUCUUCUGUGGGCCGCCUGUUAUUGGACAACAGCUUGCGGAUCAGUGUUCGCAGAUGACGGCUAAGGCGCGGAAUGAGGGGCGGAAGAUCGAGUAUCGCUUUAUGAUUGAAGUUUUUGGUUGA